UCCAGGGUGAAGCAUGAUGCACUCUUUAUUACCGAUACUUGUAUUUGCUGCAGUUAGUGCAGUCACAGUUGCUAGGGAAUAUACCCUAGCUGAUGCUCAGGGUGGAGAGUUUCCAGAGCCUGAACUUGAUGAGAAUGGAAUACCAGUUGGAAUGGCUCUUGUUGGAGGUGACAUGCUGAUUGAGAGAGAGAAGCUACCACUGUAUGAAGCAGAAGGUCUCAGUGGUCUAGUGAACUCUGAAGCUUGGAGGAACGUUAGGCGCUGGCCAAGAAAGAUACCUGUUGGGAUAUAUUUGAAAAAUAGACGUCUCCAGCAGUUCAUUGUUGCUUCAAUUAAUGACAUCAACAGGAGACAACGUUGUGUUAGAUUUUAUCUUAUUCGUCGUCCUGUUCGUCAGAAGUACAUCGUGUUUAUUGAGGGACACAAAAAUCGUUGCUACACUCAUCUUGGUCCAGUUCGUGGUAAAAGACACUUCAUUCAUCUUAGUUCCAGCUGCACCUCUCCUCGUACACCAGCCCACGAGUUAUUCCAUGCUCUGGGACGAAUCCAUGAGCAAAACAGAUAUGAUAGGGACAGAUACGUACAAAUAUACUGGAACAACAUUAGACAUCACAUGAGAAGUCAGUACAGAAGGGAACGACAUGCAAAGACGCUUGGUCUACCAUACGACUAUUACUCGGUGAUGCAUUAUGGGGUCUACUCUCACAGCAAUGGACGAGGGCCUGCUAUGAGGAUUCGUAAUCGUCGUGUGAACCCUAGGCGUGUUGGCAGGGAGGCGUGGCUUACUAACACUGACAUUGCUCACAUUGUCAGGAGGUAUUGUGGUACUGGGUAGUACCUGAGGCUUGGAACUAACUUUAAUUAUUAUGUAGUAUGACUAGUAUCAUUAGAUUAUAGUGUAGAUCAAAUUUUUAUAACUAAAAUAACUACUAAUAAUAAUUAUUGCAUUCCUUU